UUUAAAUGGACACUUUUGUAUGAAAUGAACGAAGUCUGGUGAAGUUGAAAUUACAUUCAGUAAUGGUAGUUUCUGCCAAAAAUUAUUAAAGUUGAGUUACAACAUCUCUACUUUGGUGAACAAUUCUUCAAAGAUAUUUUCGAUUGAGAAUACAUCGAUCAACAUGAAUGCUCUACUACCGCAAAUCGAUGCUUCUCCUCUUUCGCCUUCGCCCGAUUAUCACCCUGAGAGGCAGAAGUCAUUUGGUGCAUGCAUGCAGUCUGGGGCACCUCCAGCAGCCGGACCUGCCGGGGCCGUGGCCCCUCCAGGCGCAGUGGCAGUCCCUCCUGGCGCUAUGGGCCUCAUUCCACCACAGCAACCACCUCAUCAACCACCACAACCUCCAGAUUUGCCAAUUUUCAACUGCCCACGACGGCCAAAUCUUGGAAGAGAAGGUCGUCCCAUCGUACUCAGAGCCAACCACUUCCAAAUCACUAUGCCCAGAGGAUUCAUCCAUCAUUAUGAUAUCAACAUCCAGCCAGACAAAUGCCCCCGUAAGGUCAAUCGUGAAAUCAUCGAGACCAUGGUCCAUGCUUACAGUAAAUUAUUCAGUAAUUUAAAGCCUGUCUUUGAUGGAAGGAGUAACCUUUACACCAGAGAUCCUUUGCCCAUUGGAAAUGACAGAAUGGAGCUAGAGGUCACUCUACCUGGUGAAGGUAAAGAUAGAGUCUUUAGAGUAGCCUUGAAGUGGGUUGCCCAGGUUUCAUUAUUCGCCCUAGAAGAAGCUCUAGAAGGCAGAACUAGACAGAUUCCUUUCGACGCAAUUUCGGCUUUAGAUGUAGUCAUGAGACACUUACCUUCAAUGACCUACACGCCAGUAGGCCGAUCGUUUUUCUCAUCACCUGAUGGCUAUUAUCAUCCAUUGGGUGGAGGUCGUGAAGUUUGGUUUGGAUUCCAUCAGUCUGUCAGGCCUUCUCAAUGGAAAAUGAUGCUCAAUAUUGAUGUAUCUGCCACAGCAUUUUACAAAGCACAGCCUGCCAUUGAAUUCAUGUGCGAGGUUUUGGAUAUUCGAGAUGUCAAUGAGCAGCAACGCAAACCAUUAACUGAUUCCCAACGGGUCAAGUUUACUAAAGAAAUCAAAGGUCUCAAAAUAGAAAUAACUCAUUGUGGAACGAUGCGUCGAAAAUAUAGAGUGUGCAAUGUCACCCGACGACCAGCGCAGAUGCAAUCAUUUCCGUUGCAACUUGAAAAUGGUCAGACUGUUGAAUGCACCGUUGCAAAAUACUUCUUAGACAAGUACAAGAUGAAACUUCGGUAUCCUCAUCUUCCAUGUUUGCAAGUUGGACAGGAACACAAGCAUACUUACCUACCUCUGGAAGUGUGUAACAUUGUUGCUGGUCAAAGAUGUAUUAAGAAAUUGACAGAUAUGCAGACGUCCACUAUGAUUAAAGCAACUGCCCGUUCAGCUCCCGACAGAGAACGUGAAAUCAACAACCUUGUCAGACGUGCCGACUUCAACAAUGACUCGUAUGUUCAAGAGUUCGGCUUGACAAUUUCAAACAACAUGAUGGAAGUAAGAGGCCGUGUCCUCCCUCCCCCGAAGUUGCAGUACGGCGGACGUUCCUCAGUGCAGGUUGUUGGGUUCAAUCCCCUCCAUGCCAAAACCCAAGCCAUGCCCAACGCUGGUGUCUGGGAUAUGCGAGGGAAGCAGUUUUUCACAGGCGUUGAAAUUCGAGUGUGGGCGAUAGCGUGUUUCGCUCCGCAACGAACGGUCAGAGAAGAUGCCUUGAGGAACUUCAUUAUUAAUCUACAAAAAAUAAGUAGCGAUGCAGGAAUGCCGAUCGUAGGUCAACCCUGCUUUUGUAAAUAUGCGACUGGGCCGGAUCAAGUGGAGCCAAUGUUCCGUUAUCUCAAAACAACUUUCGUUGCGCUCCAGUUGGUCGUCGUCGUGCUUCCAGGCAAAACUCCUGUCUACGCUGAAGUGAAACGAGUAGGUGAUACAGUUCUUGGAAUGGCCACUCAAUGUGUUCAAGCUAAAAAUGUCAAUAAAACCUCACCACAAACUUUGUCGAAUCUCUGCUUGAAGAUCAAUGUGAAAUUAGGUGGAAUCAACAGUAUUCUUGUUCCAAGUAUCAGACCUAAAGUAUUCAAUGAGCCUGUCAUUUUCUUGGGUGCUGAUGUCACUCAUCCCCCAGCAGGUGAUAACAAGAAGCCGUCAAUUGCAGCUUGUGUCGGCUCGAUGGAUGCCCAUCCAAGUCGAUAUGCAGCAACAGUACGCGUUCAGCAGCACAGGCAAGAGAUCAUUCAAGAACUCUGCUCAAUGGUGAGAGAACUACUGUUAAUGUUCUAUAAGAGCACUGGAGGUUAUAAACCACAUCGUAUCAUUCUCUACAGAGACGGAGUGUCUGAAGGUCAAUUCAUCCAUCUUUUGCAGCAUGAACUCACAGCCAUUCGAGAAGCUUGUAUAAAACUUGAAGGUGACUACAAACCUGGAAUUACAUUCAUCGUGGUACAGAAGAGACAUCACACAAGACUAUUCUGUGCUGACAAGAAAGAACAAUCUGGCAAAUCUGGAAAUAUUCCCGCCGGAACAACAGUAGAUGUUGGAAUCACACACCCAACUGAGUUUGACUUCUAUCUUUGCAGUCAUGCAGGAAUCCAGGGUACCAGCAGGCCAAGUCACUAUCAUGUACUGUGGGAUGACAACCAUUUUGACUCCGAUGAACUUCAAUGUCUAACUUAUCAAUUAUGUCACACGUAUGUUAGAUGUACCAGAUCUGUUUCUAUUCCUGCUCCAGCCUACUAUGCCCAUCUUGUUGCAUUCCGAGCCCGUUAUCACUUAGUGGAAAAAGAACACGACAGUGGAGAAGGAUCACACCAUUCUGGUUGCAGUGAAGAUAGAACACCUGGUGCUAUGGCUCGUGCCAUCACAGUCCACGCUGAUACCAAAAAAGUGAUGUAUUUCGCUUAGUGAGACCGAACAGAAUAUCCCCGAAAUCCAAUUUUGUACAAACAAGGUGUUUAUAAUUUUACUUUAGCAUCAUUUUAUCAUUGUCGACUCUUGACUUUCCUUUUUUCUUCUCUUUAAAGUUAGCUAGCAUUUUGUUCAUUGUUAAUAAAGUUAGUCUGCCACCAAAGAUUAUGUGAGAAGUUACUGCCUUGGAUUCAAACUGAUCUACGCUAAAUUUUGCAAUUAUUCGAUUUUAUUUUUUUGCCUCCUUAGUAUACUUUGAAUAUUUAUCAGGAGAUUUCCAGUUUCUCCUACUCUGCCACGAACCUCCCAGCAUUCAAUCCUGCCUGUAUGAUAGUGACGUAUAUCGAAUGAAUGACAUGAUCAAACGUAUCUUCUAAUCUAAAUGUUAUCCAAUUUGUUUUGUAAUUAAUGACUUAGGCUAUUUUUGCGUUACUGUUUGCUUAUUCGGGAACAGUGUGUCUGUGUAUCAAGAGCGAGUGUGUUUGCGCAGUUGAGGUGUUCAUUAGCCAAAAUCAGUCAAAGCAAGUGUAAAUUUUGAGGAUUGCAUACUUUUUACCGAGUAAUUACUUCCUAAUUUAUUGUUUCAUACUUAUAUUUUAAGUACUUCUGAUGUUUUUAUCUGUGAAUGCCUCAACUUUGCUUAAUUUUGUUCCUCGUGAUCUACCCUGGAUUGAAUUUUUACUUUCAUGCCGUUUGUAAAAAGUACCUGUAACAACUCAAUUCAUAUAAUAAACUGUAGGUUAACUGGAUUCAAAUACCACUCAAUAUCAGUGGGUGGAAUUACUGAUGCUCGUUUUUAGGUUUGUUUUAAGGAUAAAUUUUCCAAUAGGACACUUCUCAUUUGACUCUUUAUCGUUAGUUCAUUACUAAGUUUCUCAAAUGAUGAAUGUUAGGAUUUUUAAGUUCUUAGUCAACUAUUAAGUGUAAAGUUGAUCAAAAAUCUGCGUCCAUUGAAUAGGAAUGAAAAUGAGAGUGGGGGAAAAAGCCUUGUCCUUUACCUAAUUAUGAUUUUUGUUGAACUCUUUAAGUACUAGAUUUUUAAAUUUGUUCCAAUCGUGCCCUGGUAUUUAGGAAAUGGGAAGAGAAGCCUGGAUAUCAUGCGUUCUAACCAGUUAACUAUAACCGGUGAGAUCCUUGCUAGUACCUGGAAGAACUUGUUUGGAGGAAACCGGUCCGAGAAGCAUAUUCUCUGUAAAGUGUAGAUGAGCCUGCACAAUUUUCUGAAAUUUAAUCUUAAUUUUAUCCCUUCACAUUUAACUGUGAUUGUAUUCGCUUUCUUAUGAUUUUGGACUGGUACAUCGCCUGCCAUCUAGCAAUUAUAUUUUGUUUCUUAGUAACUGUUCUUUUUUGAUCAAGUGGAAGUUAUUUUGCAGGUGAACUUUUUUUACUUCAAAUAAGCACUGUACAUCUCACAGUACCUCAUUUUAAAGAGAGCUCUUUACUACGGUUUACUAUCACAAUGUCUGUUUGUUGCCAUUGCACUGAGCAGAUAGUUUAAAGUUCAGCGCACCCUUCCAGUUUAUUUUAGCCUUAGAACCGAUUUUUUCUCUGUCUUUUUUUUUUUCAUUUUAGGAGAACUUAAGAUUAGUUCGGAAUGCAUUUGAAUAAUGUAAUUGGCUAGUUUUUGUGAUCUCUUGUGAUGUCAAUUUUUGUUAGAAUGUUCUGUGGCGCAUACUGCUGAAGCCCCAACAGUCUGUCCAAAAUUUUUAUUGAUACUCACAAUACAGCAAGCCUAAAUUCAGCUUUUUGACAUUUAUCUUAUUUUCUCUUAAAAGUGAGAAAAAAAUAUUCUAAGACCUUGUUUUCGUUACUUUAUCAUGCGAUAUCAACACUAAUCUUCUUCGCUCAUGUGUUCAAUCUAUUAUUUUAUGAUCGUUUCGCCAACAACUGAAGCCGCCUUGGCCACUUAGCAUGCCUUGUUAUACCUAUCUUACUCAUGGGCAAACUUCUCGAAUAAGGCAGGUAAAUUAUUAGGAUGCACGCUCAUAUUACUCCUAUAUUGUGUUCUCCACCCUCCCUUUCAUCACUCCAGUGGGUCUUUUUUCUGUUUCAUGUUAGGUUAUUAAGUUGGCUCCAUGCUAACUUAUUUUUUUCUGCUUUCCUCUCUAAAUUUUUUUACUUUCGAUUCCAUCCAUUAACUCUUGAUGUGGCAUUUUUCUUAGUUUUGAUUUUCUGAAGUCUCAUGUACCUAUUAACCAGUCAGUAUUCAUUUUUUAGACUUAUUUAGAUGCUAGGGGUUUUUUUUAACCCUUGUUGCCUAGCGCUGCCCCGCAGUUGGAAGUUGCCUCAGUUCUCUGGAAGCGGGUGCAAAUAUGGGAGAGUAGGUGGAAGGCUUAGCAGUCAAUAUGGAUCAAGUUGUGCUGGAUCUUUAAUGUUUCUUCUCGUUUAACCUCCAAAACCGACUUGUUCAAUUUUAGUUAACCAUUAUCCUUCAAAAGAGAUUAUUUCUUCCAUUGAUAAUUGAUUGUUUUUCCCCUGAAAUUUGAUUCAUCUUGUAAAAUAUUCUAUCCGAACAAGGGAAGACGCUUUUUCUACUUCUCUUCUAUUUGUUGCAAGUUCUUUUGGUGGGUUACGUUGAAAUUUUUAUCCUUGACUGUUAUAAUAUCAGGACAAGGUAUCAUACGCUUUUGUCUUAUUGUACUUUUUAUUUUAUGAUUAAUUUUUAACUUAAUUUUUAUUUCUUUCUUGUACUUGUGGCUGUUAAAUUUUCUAAGUGUUCUGUAUCAAUUGUAAAAUGGUAUUUUGAUUCCCAAAUCUCCAAGCCUGUAAAAUAAUCCACCUUUCAUUUUUAUUGUUAUAAGAUUUUUCUUCUGAUCAUGGCUAAUUGUCAAUGCAGAUCUAAGCAUUAAAUUGAAAAUAUUAUUUGAGGAGAUUAGUCUGUAUCAUUAAAAAUAAAAUUUUAAUUUGUAUUAUAUGAA